AUGGAAACCUCCAAAAAGCAAGCGGCUGCCACCAAAAAUAAAGUCGAGUCGACGAAAACUUCGACGUCCACCUCCGACUACCCGGCCGACAAUCUGCCUAACGGCACGACGCCUAUCCAACUUCAGUCUAGCAAACGGAAGAAAGCUCCAGAGGCCAGUAGGGAGCGUCCAUUGAAGAGAAAUAAAACUGUGCUGGAAGAUACUCAGACCGAUUCUGAUGCCCCUCGAUCAGCCCCCCCUCUGAAUGAAGCACCUACUCAAGCCCUCUUGAUCUUCCCCUUUGGCAACGGCGAGAACUGCGAGCUUGGCCUCGGACCCAACACAACGGAAGCCCUCACUCCUUGCGUCAACCCGUAUUUCGAUGCUAGCAGCCGUUCAUCAUCGAAACCCCGGGUCGUUCAAGUUGCAUGCGGGGGCAUGCACACCGUUGUCCUGACGUCGGACAACGAGAUUGUCACCUGGGGUGUCAACGACAACUGGGCCUUGGGACGGGAUACGGAGUGGGACGGCGUGUAUCGGGAUGAAGACAAAGACUCGAGCGAUGAGGAUGAAGGCGAGCUGAACCCGCACGAGUCCAUUCCUGCUACGAUCCCCUCCACCAGCUUUCCCCCGGGCACUAAACUUGUCCAGGUUGCAGCAGGCGAUAGCUGCAGCUUCGCGCUUACCAGCCAUGGCCUCGUCUAUGGAUGGGAACGCCUCGGGCGACAAUGA